GCCAUGGCGCAAAGCGAUAUCCAAUCCAACGUUACAGGAGGCGUUUUUCUGUGUGUGUGUGUGGUUUAAAGUACAGUCGCAAUCUAAUUUUUACGUUUCAGUCGCUUGUGUUACACAUAGCAGACAGAAUAAAAUCACAGAAUGCCGAAGGAGGAUCAGCCGCGAGAACCGGAGCAGCUCCGGAAGUUGUUCAUUGGAGGCCUCAGCUUCGAGACCACAGAUGACAGCCUGCGCUCUUAUUUUGAGCAAUGGGGCACGUUAACAGACUGUGUGGUUAUGAGAGACCCGAACUCCAAGCGCUCCAGAGGCUUCGGUUUCGUCACAUACUCCUGUGUGGAAGAAGUCGAUGCUGCCAUGAAGGCACGUCCUCACAAAGUCGAUGGUCGUCUCGUAGAGCCCAAACGUGCCGUGUCAAGAGAGGAUUCCAACAAACCCUUUGCACACACCACAGUGAAAAAGAUCUUUGUGGGUGGCAUUAAGGAAGACACUGAAGAGAGCCAUCUACGGGACUACUUCGAGGAAUUUGGAAAGAUUGAAGCGGUUGAAAUAAUGAUCGAUCAUAAGACUGGCAACAAAAGGGGUUUUGCAUUCGUUACGUUCGAUGACCACGACGCUGUGGAUCGUAUUGUCAUACAAAAGUACCACACAAUAAAUGGCCAUAAUUCAGAAGUAAGAAAGGCCCUGUCUAAACAAGAGAUGCAGAAUGCAUCGAUGAACAUGAGAGGACGUGGUGGUGGAAACUUCGGUGGUCGGUAUGACAACGAUGACUUUGGAGGAGGCAGAGAUGGUUUCAGAGAUGGAUUCAGAGGAGGCAGAGGUGGCAGUGGAGGAUAUGGAGAUGGGUACAACAAUGGAUUUGGAGGAGAUGGUGGCUAUGGAGGUGGUGGUCCUGGCUACGGAGGCAACCGUGGUGGAGGAUAUGGUGGCGGAGGACCUGGCUACUGUAACAACGGCAGUGGAGGAUAUGGUGGUGGUGGAGGAUAUGGCAGUGGUGGAUACGGUGGCAGUGGUAGCAACUAUGACAACUACAACAAUGGCGGUGGAAACUUUGGAGGUGGUAAUUUCGGUGGAGACGGCGGUGGUAGCGGCAACUACAACGACUUUGGAAAUUAUAACAGCCAGCAGUCAAAUUUUGGCCCCAUGAAAGGACACUUUGGUGGUGGUGGUGGCGGCGGUGGCGGCAGUAGCAGCGGCAGGAAUAGCGGCCCAUAUGGUGGUGGGUAUGGGGGUAGCUCCGGAGGAGGCGGAGGCUAUGGUGGAAGACGAUAUUAAGUCCUGUAAAGGGCUCAGUACUUAGGAGAGGAGACAGGAGAGCGAGAGGGCUGACAGGGCAGCGGCAGGUUUACAACCUAGAUCUGCUCAGCCAUUCAGAAGAGAUGUACAGUAGCGCUCUCACGAGAGGGAUUUUUGUCUUUUGUUUUUUAAUGGUUGUGAUGUCAGGCUUUUUAUAUUUUUCUUUAUGAAAUGGAAUGAAUUCCAUAUGAAGCUUUGUGUAGAAUUACUUUAACCCAGGGUCUAAUUAUGUGUAACAUCCACAAAAUCCAGAAAUAAAGCAACAUCCAGUUUUUUUUUUUAAAGUGUGCUGUUGUAGUUACUUGGGAUUAUUGGGGGCUUGAGUUGUAUAGUCAGGCAUAGUAUUGUGGAGAAGACUUGCUGGCUAUACAUCUCAAGUGGUGCUUGUGCCAUCAUGCCAGAAUUCUUCUGACACACAGUCCAGGCGGAAGACUAUUUGAAAAGGGAAAUGUUUUGCUGCAGUGUUGACAUGCAAGAUCUCUGCCAAGCCAAACACUGGCGACCUGCUGGUUAGAUUGGCAAAGACUGAGCAGGUUAGCUUGUAUGACUACCAUGACUAGCCAUGGAAGCAAGCUGAGGGAGGAGUAGGAAGACCUUCGCCAUCAGAAGAAUCAGGGAGCGUUUGAGUACAGGUCGUCUCUGAAAGACUAGGAGAGAGCAACAGAAUGGCUUUUUUGCCACCAGUAGGUAAGAACAGACUUCUCCAUUACCACUGGACACAACUCAUUUUAUUCAUUGUAGAUGCAGUACAGUAUUCUGAACUUUGCAUUCAGUGUCCUAAUUAAAAAAAAAAAAAAACAGGAAAGUAACUACAGAGAGAAGAACGAACUGGUACAAACCUACACUGCUUAACAGUGUAACUCGAGUCUGUCCCUUCAGAUUAAUGCAUGCAGUGGACUUGUCUGUGGAUUGACUGCCAAUUUUGUUUUCUGCUUCUAGGAAUUUGAUGGAAAACUUUUUAUGAUCCCAAACGGAUGCUUUUUGCCUGUUUUCUUCAGGCACCUUAAAGGUAAUUAUCAUUUCCUCAAUUGUGGUGAUGUAGGUAAUUUCUUGCUGACUUCUUUUUUUUUUGUCUUUGUUUUAGGACCAAAGAGAUGUGGAGAAUGAACUCUUUUAACUGGUUUUUACUAUGUAAAUAAAGCUUUUAAAGUGAUGAAA